GCGAUACAAGUAUCAGGACUGGAUUCAGUUUAGUCUUGUAGUUUGUUAGAAAUCUGAUAGUUUUGUUAUUUUCUGAGCUAUAAGUAUAAAUCUGUUUGUUAGAUUCAUUGUAACUAAUUUUUAUAAAGUUUUAAGAUGCUUGAUGUGCAAGAUACAUUUAAUUUAAUGCGACCAUUGUGUGUGCAGUUAACGAAAGAGUUUACAAAAGAUAAUAUGGUGAAGGUCACGGAGACCUUUCAUUCUCUUCCUGAGAUGUGUUGCAGAGAGCUAACUGAAUACGUUCUUUUCCCGUUUCGUUUACAUUUACGUUGUUUGGAAAGAACUGAUGGCCUGGUUGCACAACUGUUCGAAAGUUUAUCAAUAAUUCUGAAGAAAACUGCAGUUGAUUCAUACAGUUUGUUCAAUGAUAUCUUUAUGCAAGUCUUUGUAAAAAUUAGCUCUCCAAAAGAAGAUAAUAAAGUUUUAGAAGUCAGUGAAGAAGUGAAGGUCUCUGCUGUAAAAUGUGUACAUUCCUUGGUAUCAAGCUGUUCUCCAAGUGUACUGCAGCAGAUGUAUAGUCAUUCUUUCCGAGUGUUUUUAGGUCAUGCUGUCUACGUCUUACUACAACUAGCUCAGGAGGAGAAAUUCCGUCAUCUUCAGGUUAUUGCUAUAGAAACAAUAAGUAUCUUGGCCUCCUGUCAUGUUGACAAAAAAAAAGUGGCAGAGGUGACAGAGAAAGCAGGAGCCACAUUUGCUGCCUUCUUACCUGGGAUUUGUUUGUCUCUGAGUCGUAUCCUCACUGGUGACCAAAAGCAAGGUCAUACCGUUUUUGUGUGUGCACUUCGAACUUGGACAGAUAUUGUAGUAUUGGUUAUGGGAGAUCAUAACCAAACAGCAGAUGUUGAAGGUGCAUCCAUUGAACAAAUAGAUAAAAGCUACAAUAUACCCGUUGUAUGUCGAACACAAGAGUGGUUUAAAGACACAAGUCAAAAGUUGGUAAUUCUGGUUAGAAGGGUCAGUCAACUUGUUUCUCAUGAACACUGGAAAGUUCGAUUUGCUGUUGUGGACUGGGCAGCCAAAUUGCUUAUGGAAUGUAAGGAAUCUUUGAAAGAAUGCCUGUCCCCUCUUGUGGAAGUGUUGCUUAUGCUAGCCAAUGAUGAUUUUGAGGAAGUUUCCAACAGAAGUAUUCAAGUAUUGAAGAACUUUCAGGCUUGUUACCUUACACCUGGUGAUCAAUCUAUGUUGGACCUUUUAGAGGAAGAUUUUCACCUCUUAACCACAAAACUACCUCGAAUACUUCGAACUUCUGAUGAUGCAGGAAAACUUCAGACCCUGAAACUGCUCUGUGGAUAUCUGUUAUUGUUUGGUCCGUCUGUGUGCCACCUACUGCAGUCCUUACCCCACUUAGAAAGACUAAUGAUUUCUCUGCUUCAGUUGGCUGAGCUAGAUUGUUCUGAUGUGAGAAUGCUUGAAGAAACAGCACUUCCUAUUGAGUCAAAUAGAAUAGAAACAGCUUUAUCAAGGUGGCCUAAAAAGCAUUUUAAACACUUUGUUGACACUCAAAUAGAAGAUUGUUUAGUGCAAAUUUGCCGUUUAUUAGGCUAUUAUGGAGAUCCAUCAUUACUGAUAGACUACCUCUUGGACAAGCUACACGAGUCCUCUGUGUAUUGUAAACAAGCCAUAUUGAUACUAAAUCAAAUCAUUCUUGGUUGGAAAGGCAUUGAAGUUUUCAAAAAGGAUAUUUUCUGUGAAAGAAGUGCAGACCAAAAGGAAGCAGACAUGGGAGAUUUGGUUAGGUGUAUUGUAGAAGAAUAUAUCUCUGAGACAAUUUGGGAGGUUCCCUUGUCCAAUUCACAAGAAACGGCUGUGUCUCUGAUCUUGCAUCAUCCAUCUGAACGUGCGGCUCUAACUGUAGAAAGGUUAAACAGUAACAUCUUACAGUGUUGUCUGUUGCUGGAGGGUGUGACUGCUUGUUCUGAGGUGUUAGGACAGAAUUUUCGACCUUUUCUCAUAACUGUCUUGUGUCCUGUCAUAGAGAAAGCAGGCAGUAAUUGUGGACUUGUGUCACACACUGCUCAUGUGGCAUUGAAGUUCAUGUCUCUCCACUGUCAGUACAAUUCUGUUGCUGAUAUCAUUUCACAAAAUGCAGAUUAUUUGGUCAAUAUAUUAUCCUUGAAGCUUCGACACUUCACAGAGAAUCCUGGGAUACCUGUAGUACUGAAGGUUGUUCUGCAGCAGUGUGACAGUAGUAUCUUGCUUCUAGUCCAGGACACAGUGUUAGAGGAUAUUUCUAGUCGAAGCCAAGUGCUGCCACCUUCCCAGAGAUUAAAGAAAUUUCUACUUGAUUAUCUUCAUAACAAGCGGCUUGCAGAAACUUUCAGUGAUGAAGAUGAUGAAAAAGAAGAGUCUUUGGUAACUGAUGAAAAUAUUAAAAAUCCAGUUGUUAGGAAUACUGAGAAAGAUGGAUAUUUCAAUGAUGAUGAUGAAAACAAACCAGAAAAGCCUCUUCAUGUUAGGAUGGUUUUAGAUAUCUUAGAACGGUGUGUUCAUCUCCAAUCAUCAAACAAUAUUUGGGUUCGCCUCCUCGUGUUGGACACGAUUUCUGUUGGGGUCAUUGUCUUGAAGCAUCACCAGGAUGAUUUAUUGCCGAUGGUUCACCAGUUGUGGAAACCUUUUGUUCAGCAAUUUUCUAAUGAAGUAACUGUGAUGAUAAAAGCUUUUGAAACUUUAUCAGCCAUGGCUAGUGUAUGUGGGGACUUCAUUCGACAACGAACCCUGCAGGAUGUGUGGCCAAAGCUUAUGAGGUUUCUUGAAAAUCAAGCCAAAACCAGCUAUGGUAAAAACAGUGGUUCCUAUCAUUUCACAGGAAACUAUAAGUUUCAGCUGAAACUUCUUAGUGGAAUAGGGUUGCUAGCUCAGAAGUUUGGCUUUCAAGAAAAUGAAGUUGGGCUGUUGACAGGUGUACUUCAUCCAUAUCUAAGUUUUUCACAACCUCUUGCCCUACAGCAGGCUGCUCUGGGUGCCUUUGACAAUUUAAUCCAAGUGGACCCAGAUGUUGUUUGGUUGUACCUCAUCAGCGUAUCCAAUUCUGUAAACUUGCAACCACCUCAUCCUUCUCUUUGUCCACUACAACUUAGGAGUACAGCUGAAGAAGCUGAACAUACCAAUAAUGUACAGUAUCUCUUGCAAAAAUUAUGUUGUUGAUUUCUCAGAGUGAGACGUGUAAUUAAAAAAAAUCAUGUAAAAACUUAUGAAUAAAUUUGUACAGUUUAAGAUAUAA